AUGCAGUAUGUGGGGAAGCUCGUGUCCUCCGUGUACAAUACUAUUACGCCCAAUAUCAAUCCAUCGACCCUCACAGGAGCGAUCGAUGUGAUUGUGGUGGAGCGGGAAGUCGAGGUGGACGAGACGACCACCUUGCAGGACGGGUCGCAGACCACAACGAAGCGGCGCACAACGGAGCUCUCGUCGUCUCCGUUCCAUGUGCGCUUUGGCAAAAUGAGCGUACUGCGUCCUGCUGAACGCAAAGUGACGUUGCAUCUGAAUGACUCGCCUGACCCGCUGCCAUUCGCGAUGAAGGUGGGGGAGAAUGGGGAGGCCUUUUUCGUGAUGAAGUUGGAGAGCGCCCGGUCAGAUGUGCCGGACGACUUGGUGACGAGUCCCAUGGUGCAUGCGUCUACGCCUGAGAAGCCAGGGGAUCCGGAGCCCUUGGACCUCGGUGUUGCCGAGGCUUCGACGCCAGGCUCAGCGUCGCCGCCGGCCGACGAGGCUGAUAAGAGUGUCGAUAUAUCGGUGCCCAACGUCGGCGAUCCCUCUGGUCUCGACCUCGAUAUGGAGGGCUAUAAAGUGUCCGACCUCAAGCGGGAACUAGCGCUCAAGCAGGGCCGGCGCUUUGCGGAUGAGAUGCCCUUAGGCCACCGGCACGGCGGGCACAACCUGCUUUCAAUCAGCGACCGUCUUGACCAGCCGCAGCUUCGCUGGCAGCAAGAGUUUCUCGCACGCUUUCAGCCUCAGCGGCGCCCAGUGUCCACAUUACGUCGGCCAUCGAGUGAUUUGUCGCUGCGCGACUCGAUAACGCGUCAUGAGCGGACACGCAUUCCCGUGUCGGUAAGCGACACGGCCCUACCCUUUAUGGCUGAGACAGAGGCUUACGAGCAUGAACCAGUCGCGUCAGACGCCAUGGAGGCACCGACCGAGGACGACGGCGAAAUUGGCACGUUGACGUGCGCGGAAGCGGACCCCUAUCUCUUCCAGUUGCAGAUCGAUGACAGCACAGUAUACACGUUUGAGCUGAGCCUUUGCCCCCCGAGCGACAUGGACUGUGAGCGCAUGUUUGACGAGGGUCGUGUCUCCUUCCAGCGCUUCCUCGAGGAUAGUUCCAUGGUGGUCGAUGCGCGCCUGUGUCUGCGCCACAAGGAUACCUACCACUGGCGCGCGUCGGAGCCUGAUAUGUUCACGACGCUCAUGCUGUAUCGUGAAGCACUUCUCCGCUCGACCGACGAAAAGCCCAAGGCAAUAGCCAAGGCAAGCGUGUGGCGCCGUUUAUGGGGCAAGGACGCCGCGGCACCACCGACGAGUGCACCUGAGCCGGUGCUGCCCGAGACGUCAGCAGAGCCGGUGUCAUCGUCCGCGCCUGCGACGCCGGCCUCUAGCGGGAGCUCAAGCUCGAAUGAGGCGCCCCUGCACGAGACGUACGUCAAGACGCUCCGCUUAUCGUCCGACCAGCUAAAGCAGCUCGGGCUCCGCAAGGGUACCAACACGAUUACUUUUUCCGUGACAUCAUCGUACUCGGGCGUCGCUACGUGCCGUGCGCGCAUCUUUUUAUGGGACUGUGAGAAGCCAGUGGUCGUGUCAGACAUUGACGGCACUAUCACCAAGUCAGAUGCGCUAGGGCACGUCUUUACGCUCAUGGGGCGCGACUGGACACACUUGGGUGUUGCAAAGCUCUACCACGAUAUUGCACAGAAUGGCUACCGACUAAUGUACCUGACGUCACGGGCAAUUGGACAGGCGGAUAUCACGCGCGACUACCUGCACAACAUCAACCAGAACAACUACCAGCUGCCAGACGGGCCGGUGAUUAUGAGCCCAGAUCGACUGAUGGCGUCUUUGCAUCGUGAGGUCAUUCUGCGCAAGCCGGAGGUGUUCAAGAUGGCGUGUUUGCGCGAUCUUGCGCGGCUGUUUGGCGUGGACCCUGCCCAUCCUGAUGAGGAUCGCUCGACGCCAUUUUAUGCGGGCUUCGGAAACCGCAUCACAGAUGCGCUGAGCUACCGCAGCGUCAACAUCCCGAGCUCGCGCAUCUUCACGAUCGACUCGAACGGCCAAGUCAAGAUGGAGCUACUCGAGCUCGCUGGGUACAACACGUCGUACCCCAACAUGACCGACCUCGUCGACCAAAUGUUCCCGCCCACCGCGACCAAGAAGCGGAACGAGAAGAGCGCCGCGUUUUCCGACUUUAACUAUUGGCGUGAUGAUGUGCCAACGGAUGUGGAACUGCCGCCCAUCGAAGAGCUUGUGCCGCCCGUCCAGCCAACGUCGCCCUCGCUGCGCGGCCUGCGCAGUCCCAAGCAGUCGGCGGCGGCGAGCGCGCCGGUCCGCAGCCAGACAGAAGGGCCACCUGCUGCGGACGAUAUGCCUAAGCCGAGUCGCCUGCGCCGCCUGCUCGGCCUGCGCCGCAAAGACAAGCGUGAGGCGCCGUCAGGCACACAAAGCCCCGACAUGCAGGCGCGCUCCUUCGACCUGUCUGAAGGCUCAAUGAGCCCCCCGAGCCUGAGUCUUUCGCCCUCGAGUCCACGUUGGGACAGGCAAAUUUUGACGUACGACGAUCCCGACGAGAUGCAGGACGCCGGGGAACUCGACGACGAACAGUUCGAGCGUGAAGCACUUGAACCGGACGCGCGUCGCCGCCGGGAGCGCCGCUACCGCCUCUUAUACGGCUCGUCGUCACUGAGCCUCGAUGACGGUGAACGUCGCGCACGGACUGUGCCGCAUGACGGCGGCCAAGCGCCUGCGUCAGAGUCCGAGCACGACGAUCCCUUACUCGAGUCGGGCGAUAUUCAGUUCGAGUGGCAGGGCUAA